UCUCGCUCGUUCGCGUCGAGCUGUCAGUCGCCGCGAUGGUGGAGUUGCGCGAAGGCAAGAUGGCGGAGCUCGAGGUGUCCGUCCCCCUCGCUAAGUUCGACACGGACGAAUGGGCCGAGUUUUCGGAUUUCCAGUCGUCCCAAGACACAAACUGUAACCCGACGACGCCCAACACGACCGGCACGACCCCGGAGAAGAACGACAACGACUUUCUAGACAACAUGUCAGACACGACGGAAAACUUCAAGGAUACGUUCUCUACCUCCCUCGAGGACCUCGUUAACUGCUUCGACGACAAGAUCACCAAGUGCUUCUGCAAUUACGAGGACAAAGUGGAGAAGUACGCGCCCGUGCAAGUCAGGACGCAGGAGGAGAUCAUGAACGACUGCCAACUCUCCAGACCGCAAUGGACCCAGAUGUUGCAAGAGAGGAGGAAAGGUCAUUUCUAAGGGAAACGGGGCCAU